GUCCGGUCCGGUUUAAUAACAAACCCCAAAGGUCCAAACUGGUACUUGUACUUGCUUCAUUUCUUCCCCCAGCCAUUCACAGGGUGCUCUGCAAUUUUUCCAAGGAAAUGGCUUUGGAGAUCUGUGUCAAGGCAGCUGUUGGUGCUCCUAAUAUUAUCGGAGACUGCCCAUUCACCCAGAGAUGUCUCUUGACUUUGGAAGAGAAGAAACUUUCCUACAAGUUGCAUCUGAUCAAUCUGAGUGACAAGCCUCAAUGGUUUUUGGAAGUAAGCCCUGAAGGGAAGGUGCCAGUGGUGAAAUUUGAUGACAAAUGGGUGCCAGACUCUGAUGUGAUUGUUGGGAUUCUAGAGGAGAAGUACCCUGAGCCAUCUCUUGUUACCCCUCCUGAAUAUGCUUCUGUAGGUUCAAAGAUAUUCCCAUCUUUUGUCAAAUUCUUGAAGAGCAAGGAUUCCAAUGAUGGAUCUGAGCAGGCUUUGCUUGAGGAAUUGAAGGCAUUGGAAGAGCAUCUUAAGGCACAUGGUCCUUAUAUUGCUGAGGAAAAGAUCACUGCUGCAGAUUUGGGCUUGGCACCAAAGCUGUACCAUCUUGAGGUUGUUCUUGGCCAUUUUAAGAAGUGGACAGUCCCUGAAAACUUACCUCAUGUCCACAAUUACACAAAGUUGCUCUUCUCCAGGGAAUCUUUUCAGAAGACCAAGGCUGCAAAGGAACAUGUGAUUGCAGGGUGGGAGCCUAAGGUCAACGCAUGAAGUAGUUCUAAGUUAUGAGUAUGUUGAACUCUAGGUAUGAAAUGCGGUUGAGAAUUGAAAAUUGUGUAUCAGACAUGUAUGCUGGAGGUUCUGUUGCCUUCUAUAAUCUACUAAUCUAGUAAGUGGUAUUUGCUGUGCUAA